AUGGAAUGUAUACUUGACCGCAUUUACACGGAAAACAGCCAGGAAAGCCACCAGAAAGAGGAGGGCUGGAAUGGCUUGAACCUGCUCGGCUGCUCGCUGUGCGGGGAAGAGCAUGUAAUGAUGAAGUCCUCUGUACAUUCCGAAGAAGAUGACUUUGUGCCAGAGCUUCAGAGAAGCAUCCAUCCAAGAGAGAGGCCAGAUUGGGAGGAGACGCUCAGCGCUAUGGCAAGAGGUGCAGAUAUCCCUGACAUUUCAGGGGAGUUGCCGCUCCGGACCUGUGGCAGCACAGCAAGUAUGAAAGUGAAGAAUGUGAAAAAGUUAUCCUUUACAAAGGGUCAUUUCCCCAAGAUGGCUGAAUGUGCACACUUCCAUUACGAAAACGUGGACUUUGGCAACAUCCAGCUUUCGCUCCCGGAGGAACAGAAUGAAGUAACGAGGAACGGCUGCGAAUCCAAGGAACUGGUCUACCUUGUGCAGAUCUCCUGUCAGGGGAGGAGCUGGAUCGUGAAGCGGAGUUAUGAAGAUUUCCGAGUGCUCGAUAAACAUCUUCACCUAUGUAUUUAUGACCGGCGCUUCUCCCAGCUCUCAGAGCUACCCCGCUCCGAUGCCCUGAAGGACAGUCCGGAGCUUGUCACCCAGAUGCUGAUGGCUUACCUGUCACGUCUCUCAGCCAUCGCAGGCAACAAGAUAAACUGUGGGCCUGCUCUCACAUGGAUGGAGAUUGAUAACAAGGGGAAUCACCUGCUAGUCCACGAGGAAUCGUCGAUUAAUGUUCCCGCUAUUGCUGCUGCCCAUGUUAUUAAGAGAUAUAUUGCUCAGGCAGCAGACGAACUGUCCUUUGAGGUGGGAGACAUCGUGUCCGUUAUCGAUAUGCCGCCGAAGGAGCUGACCACGUGGUGGAGAGGCAAACAUGGCUUUCAGGUUGGAUUUUUUCCUAGUGAGUGCGUUGAGCUAAUUAACGACAAAGUUCCUCAGUCCGUGACCAAUUCUGUGCCAAAGCCAGUGUCGAAAAAACACGGCAAGCUCAUCACCUUCCUUCGUACAUUCAUGAAGUCGCGCCCAACGAAACAGAAGCUGAAACAGCGGGGGAUCCUGAAGGAAAGGGUGUUUGGCUGUGACCUGGGAGAGCAUCUUCUCAACUCUGGCCAUGAUGUCCCCCAGGUCCUUAAGAGCUGCACUGAAUUCAUCGAGAAGCAUGGCAUUGUGGACGGGAUAUACCGGCUGUCGGGGAUUGCCUCCAACAUCCAGAAGCUCCGCCAUGAGUUUGACUCCGAGCAGAUUCCUGACUUGACGAAGGACAUUUACAUCCAGGACAUUCACUGCGUGGGCUCCCUCUGCAAACUGUACUUCCGCGAACUCCCGAACCCUCUGCUGACCUACCAACUCUACGAGAAGUUCUCGGACGCCGUUUCUGCUGCGACGGAUGAAGAACGUUUGGUUAAAAUCCACGACGUCAUCCAGCAGCUGCCCCCUCCUCACUACAGGUUAGUGCGGCCUCUGCUCCGCUCGUUGUGUUGCUCAGGCGUUUUACUGGUGCCAGCAUUUCAGGG